AUGUACUCUUGUGAUAUCCUACCAUUACCAGGAAAAUAGUAUCGUUAUGCAAAGAAUUUGAAUCUUUUAAAUUUAGAUCAUUAUUCAAAGUAAUAUAGAUAUAAAAACAAUUUUAGUUAAGAUUAACAAAGUUCUAGCAGAAUUAGAAAACCGAAUGGUAAAUUUAAGUUAUUAAGUGUAUUUCAUUUAGUUAUUAUUAUAGUUGCACAAUGUAAAGAAAGAUGAAGGCAAAAACUUUUAUCAUCAUACUUCCAUUUACAAUUUAAAGGAAUACUAUAAUCUAACUAAAUCUCCUGUCUUUUUGUAAGCUCUUCCAACUCUAUUGCUUUAGUUUGAGUGACAAUACGAAGUAGUUGAAUGAAAUGUAAACAAAAGUACUCUUGACUGACUUUCAAAGAAAAGUGGCUUCUUACUUGAAGAAGAUUCCAAAACCUAAGAAUAAUUAACAAUAUUACUCUGACAUCAAACCACCAGGAUAUACAAAGGAAUAUGAAACUUAAUAAACGAUUCUACAUACCUAAUAAGAAGAAUUACUGAAUCGUUCAUUAUGUUUGAAUAAAUACAAUUAUAGACCUGAAUGUAUAAAUGAAUUUGAUUUGUUUUAAGUGUCUGAUGUUGGAAUCGAAGUCAUGUUGAUGGAUGGCACUAAAUCCUUAAGCAAAUAAGUCAUUCCUAAUGAAAGAAUAUAGAAUCGUCUACUCAAGUUUAUGGAAAAGUACCUAAAUGAUGAACAUAUCGAUUAUGACUUAAAGUAAUUUUGCUCUUUUCAUUAUUAUAACACAGAUUAUAGAAGAUGACAUAGCAAUACCGUGAAAUUGUGAAAAAGAUAAAAACCAAGGCUUUUAAAAUUAAAGUGCCUGAUCAUUAUUAGGUUUAGAUGAGUGAUUUUAAUGAUUACUAUUAAGUUAAUGAGAAAAAGUAAAGAGAAUAUCUAGAAUAAUAAUUUGAUUCUUUAGCUGAUCAGAUUAUCCAAUCUAUUCAAUAAAGUUCUGAUUCUUUAUCUUCUUAAAGAGAAUCAUAAUAAGACCUUAAUUAAUAGGAAUAUAUAAAUAAUACACCAAAAAAUCAUAAUAAAGAAAUUUAAUCAGAAAAACUUAAUGAGAUUAAUGAUUAUGAAGAUGAAGAUAGAGUUGAUGAUAUGAGAGAAUCUAAAAGAAUUGGUAAAUAAAAGGAUCCAAAAAAAUUAACUAAAAAACAAUCCAUCAGAGUUUAAAGACCCUCAACUCUUUAAAGAUAAGAAUCAAAUGCUAUAUAAUAAUCAAAUGAAUAGAACAAUCAAAAUCAAUAAAGGGAAUAAAUACAACCAAUAUUACAAUAAAUUGAACCAAUUCAUGAAGAAGAAUUAAAAUAAACAAUUCAAGAAAUUACAGAGGAAUUAAAGAAACCACAUAAAAAGCAUAUGACUAAAGCUUAAAGGGAAGAAUAGAAAAAGAGAAAGAAAGAAAUCUAACGAUUACAUGAAGAUAUUGAAAGAAUCAAAAGAGAAAAGGGAGGAGAUUUUGAAUAUGAGAAAACAGAUUCUGAUAGUGAAGAUAGAUAUAGAAGAUAAAAAUUACAUAAUUAAUUUGAUGAUAUGUUUAAACCAAGAUAAAUUACAAGAAGAUAAUCACAUGAAUUUGAUUAAAAUGAAGGAGAAGAUCUUGAUUAUGCAAGUGAACAAGAGAUUGAAGAUAGAAACAAAAUUUAAAGAGUUGAAUAAAUUAUAUAAUAAAAGAGAGAUCCUAAUUAUUAAUAUAAUCCAUAAGAAUUUUGGUAAUAAGAAGUUAAAAUCAAUAUUAAGAAACCUUAACUACCAAAUAUUGUAUCUCAAUAGAGAUAAUAAGAAUAAUUUUAAUAAUUUUAAAGAGAAAAAUUAGAACAAUAAAUGUAAAUGAUUAAUUAAAAAUAUUCACAACAACCAAAUGAUUCUCCAUAAUAUUAAUAAGUAAAUAAUAUUUAAUAAUAGAUACCAAAUGUUUAAUAAACAUAAUAAUUACUUAAAAAUGAUUAAUAAUAAAUUCCCUCUUAAAAUAAAAGUUCUCCAUAAUAAUAAUAUAUGGCUACUCCUCAUUAAGAAGAGAGAAAAAAAUAAAAUAGUCAUUAUAGUGUUUAAAAAUCCUUUAAAACUCCAUAAUCUAUCCCUUCUCAAUAAAAUAAUUAAGAUUCAUUACAUGGUAUAUAAGAUCAUUCUUUCAAUAUUGAUAAUAAAUAAAAUUCUCAAGGUUAACUUCCAUAAUAAAAUUAGGAGGUUCGUAAUAAUAUCUCAUAAAAUUUAUAAAAUACAUAAACCACUUAAAAUCAAUAAAUUAAUAAUCAAAAUGAGAAUCAAUAAUAAAAUAAAAACAUAUAACAUAUUGGAUAAAAUGAUCAAAAGUAAAAAUAAUAAGGUUCUAAUACUAAAAAAUAAGAAAUUCCUAUUUAAGAUAAUAAGGGUAGAAGUAUUCCAUCAAUGAGAAAUAUUGAAUAAGAAGAAGGAACUUAGAUUGCUAAAUAAAUAGAAGAAAAAUUACAAUAAGUUUAAUCUACUUUGAAUAAAGUAAAGUUUGGUAUGUAUGAGUAAAUGAUGGCAGCACAAUCAGUUUAUGAUGUUGAUAUUCAUGUAAUUAUUAAUUGGAUAAAAUAGGAAUAUAAAUUGACAGAUUUUCCAUUAAGUUAAACAGUAUUUCCAAAACUCAAUGGGGAAGAUGAAAAAUAAAUCUUCUAAUAAUUGUAUUUAUUAUUAUUUUAUUUUAUCUAAGGUAUGCUUGGCAAAAAGAAGUAUAUAAAAUAAUACCAAUUUUAAAUUAAUUGAAUAGACAUCUUAUUGUAUAUAAAUUAUUAAAUUAGAUACCUGAUGAAGAUGAAGGAGCUGCGUCAUAAUUAGUUAGUAGUAGUGAUGAUGAUGAUAACUGA